CACAUAGGGGUGAGGAUGUGAGCGAUUGGAAUAACUUCAUUCAGACAUACAAUAAAUAUCCGUGAUUCCACUUUAUAAUAGGAACAUUUUAACAAAGGAACUUGUCCUUCUGUUAUCUUUCUUUUACUAUAUGAGAGCUUGGGCGUGUCUAACAGAAGCGUGUCAAGUUCACAUCGACGUGUCAUCAGAUGGUUCAGUAUGAGUCCGAGGAUGGCCGCUGCUGUCGGGGUAAAUAAACAGACGAGCGCAGCGGCGAUGGAUGCGUGUGUGAGACACGGCCGCGGCACAACUACUACUGCGGUGAAGGUGUUGGAGUGCGGUGUUUGCGAGGAUGUGUUUUCACUGCAAGGCGACAAGGUGCCGCGGCUGCUGCUGUGUGGACACACGGUGUGUCACGACUGCUUGACCCGUCUGCCUCUUCACGGCAGGGCAGUUCGCUGCCCCUUUGACAGACAGGCCACGGAGCUGGGAGACUCGGGUGUGUGGGGCUUGAAGAAGAACUUUGCUUUGCUAGAAUUGCUUGAACGGCUGCAGAAUGGGGCCAGCAAUCAGUCAGGCAUGUCUGAGGAUGUGCUUCGUGAGAUGGGAGAGUGCAUUAUCCGCUGUGAUGAGGAUGAGACUCAUACUGCUUCUAUGUACUGCACGGUUUGUGCCACACACCUGUGUGCCGAGUGCUCCCAGCUCACCCACUCCACCCGAACGCUGGCCAAACACCGGCGUGUGCCACUGGCAGACAAGCCCCAUGAGAAGAUGCUCUGUCCACAGCACCAGGUGCAUGCCAUUGAGUUUGUCUGCCUGGAAGACGGCUGCCAGCCGGGGCCGCUCAUGUGCUGUGUGUGCAAGGAGUACGGGAAGCACCAAGGGCAUAAGCAUGCUGUACUGGAGGCUGAAGCCAACCAGAUCCGAGCAUCCAUCCUGGACAUGGCACACUGCAUCCGUUCAUUCACAGAGGAAGUGUCCGAGUACUCCAGGAAACUAGUGGGCAUCGUGCAGCAGAUUGAAGGAGGAGAGCAGAUUGUGGAGGACAGCAUGGGCAUGGCUCACACUGAACAUGUUCCAGGAACAGCAGAAAGCGCCCGGUCGUGCGUACGUGCCUAUUUUGCAGAUCUACACGAGACGCUGUGUCGUCAGGAGGAGAUGGCUCUGAGCGUGGUGGACGCACACGUCCGAGAGAGGCUGAUCUGGCUUCGACAGCAGCAGGAGGACAUGACCAUACUGCUGUCCCAGGUGUCCACUGCCUGUCUGCACUGCGAGAAAACACUGCAGCAGGAUGAUUGCAGGGUUAUUUUGGCAAAACAGGAGAUCAACCGACUACUAGAGACACUACAGAAACAGCAGCAGCAGUUUACAGAGCUAGCCGACCACAUUCAGCUGGAUGCAGGCAUCCCUGUUACUUUCACUAAGGACAACCGUGUGCACAUUGGUCCAAAAAUGGAGAUCCGAGUUGUGACUUUGGGCUUAGAUGGAGCUGGCAAAACUACCAUUCUCUUCAAACUGAAGCAAGAUGAGUUCAUGCAGCCCAUACCGACUAUAGGUUUUAAUGUAGAAACCGUUGAAUACAAAAACCUGAAAUUCACCAUUUGGGAUGUGGGUGGCAAGCAUAAACUCCGUCCUCUGUGGAAACACUACUAUCUGAACACACAAGCGGUGGUGUUUGUGAUUGACAGCUGUCACAGGGACCGGCUGAUGGAGUCUCACAGUGAACUGGCCAAACUGCUGACAGAGAAAGAGCUCAGAGAUGCUCUGCUGCUCAUCUUCGCCAACAAACAGGAUGUUCCCGGUGCGGUGUCUGUGGAGGAGAUGACGGAGCUCCUGAGCUUACACAAACUGUGCUGCGGCCGCAGCUGGCACAUCCAGGGCUGUGACGCCCGCAGCGGCAUGGGUCUACACGAGGGGUUAGACUGGCUCUCACGCCAGCUGGUGGCUGCAGGAGUUCUGGAUGUGGCCUGAGGGAUGCUUAACCACACUUAAAUAGACUUAAACUCAAGCUGGUCCAUGCCAUUUGCACAGUCACCCUGCUCAUGAUUACCCAACCUACCACGUCAUACCGUCAUUCAUUAGUAGACUCGCUGCUGUGUGUGUUCGUGGUUCAAUGGUGUGCAUAAGUGGAGCUUAUAUAGGAGUGAUUUAAGUGAGGACUCCAGGUUAAAUACAAGGCAACAUGCAGUGGCAGAUGUUGUUGCUUUGGUUGCCCCAUAGACCUCCACUGUACAUGCUUUACUGUAAAAAAGAUUUUGGUUGUUUUUUACAAAGUCCCUGCUUGGGUCCCUGUCACAGAGAGUGGUAAUCAAAACAUUCACAGAUGAAGUUCAUAAAUGUAUAUUUAACCUGGACUAUUGCUUUAAAAACAAGUUGACGAACAUUACUAACUAAACUUACUGUCCCUUCUGACAAAAGAAGUUAAAUUUGCUGAAAAUUUACUCACCCUCAGGCCAUGCAAGAUGUAGAUGAGUUUGUUUUUUCAUGGAAACAGAUUUAGAGAAAUGUAUCAUUACACACUUUCUCACCAAUGGAUCCUCUGCAGUGAAUGGAUGCCGUCAGAACGAGAGUCCAAACAGUUGAUAAAAAUAUGACAAGUAACCCACACCACUCCAGUCCAUCAGUUAAUGACUGGUGAAACAAAAAGCUUUGUGUUUCUAACAACAUUAAGACAUUUUUAACCAUUGCUUCUAGCCAAAAUACGUCCAUAAUCCAGAAAAAAAAAAUGCUUCCUCUUCCUGUGUCGUCCUCUCUUAUUGAAGUCCACCCACGUAUUUGUUUAGAACUGUGUCGGACUGUUUUUGCUUGUAAAAGGUCUUGAUCUGGGGUAAUUCUCUGCAGAUUCAGACAAGACUUAUUUUUUUUACUAUAAAAAGCAAUAUUAUGGAUUCAUAUUUUAACCGGAAUCAACGGUUUAAAGCUAAAAAUGUCUUCUUGAACUCAUAUCUUACAAACACACCACUUCACAAGAUGUUAACUGAUGGACUGGAGUGGUGUGGAUUACUUGAGGAUUAUUGUGAUGUUUUUAUCAGCUG